AUGUUCGAGCAGAAUGGGGGCCUCGUGCUGCAGGAGCAUAUCUCAUCUCAGCCGGGAAACACCUUCAAGAUAUUCAGCGAAUCGGAGCUGGUCAAGGCCACUGACGGUUUCCACGACGACCGAAUAAUCGGGCGAGGAGGCUACGGCGUGGUCUAAAUGGACCGACUGGAGGGCGGGGUGCUUGUUGCCAUCAAGAAGUCCAGAAUCAUGGACGAGAGGGAGAGCAAGGAGUUCGCCAGGGAGAUGGCCAUCCUCUCCCAGAUCAACCACUUCAACGUGGUCAAGAUCCUGGGCUGCUGCCUCGAAGUGGAGGUCCCCAUGCUUGUUUACGAAUUCGUCCCGGGCGGCACGCUCUUCGGCUUAAUCCACCGCCGGAGGAGCGGAGAGCCGAUCGCCCUGGCAACCCGCCUGAGGAUUGCUUCAGAGAUCUCCUAAGCUCUGGCGUACUUGCACUCGUACGCUUCACCCCCGAUAUUCCACAAGGACGUCAAGACGUCCAACAUUCUUCUGGACGGGAACUGCCGGGCAAAGGUCUCCGACUUCGGGGCUUCAGCAGUAGCUCCGGCCGACGAGGCGGAGGUGGCGACAGUGGUGCAUGGAACCUGCGGCUACCUCGACCCGGAGUACCUGCAGACGUAUCAGUUCACGGAGAAGAGCGACGUCUACAUCUUUGGCGUGGUGCUGGUGGAGCUGCUGACCGGGAGAAAGCCAUUUCAGGCCCAAGAUGCCGGAGAUCACCGGGGUCUGGCUAUGACCUUCGUGUCCUAUUUCCGGCAUGACAGGUUGGCGGAGAUUCUGGACGCUGACGUUCUUCAGGAUGAUCAGAUGGAGAGGCUAGUUGAUAUCGCUGAGCUAGCAUGCCGGUGUCUGAGCAUGAGGGGGUUCGACCGCCCAACUAUGAAAGAAGUCACUAUAGCUCUGCAUGCAAUGGGCGGCCUACCAUGGGAGAACCCUUCGCUUACCCCAUACACUCCGGAGGGAACUGAUAACCAGUUGGGCCAAGGUCAGUCGACGGCGUACGGGAACAUGUAUUCUGGUAUCCCGGAUGACAGUGCCGUUCUUGGGAUCAAAACAGGGCAUUGA